ACGUCAAAUGAUUGUGGCGAAAACAGCCAUAAAGAGAAUUUGUGCUAGCCCACAAAACAAAAACAUUUUUUCUUUUUAUUUCUACAUCCAACAACAUUUUUUCACAUACAAACUCGUUUCGCUACGUUCUAUUUUUUGGCGGGUACUUAUUAGUGCAUAUAAACAUUAUCAACAUCAACACAAAGGGGUAAACAACAACAACCAAGCCUAAUUUAGCUAUUCGCGUGAUACAAGCUAGGCUUUUAGUUAGUGACUUAAUAUGCCAGAUUCGAUGAGUCAUGGCGAGAGUUCUUCCAUCCCACCAACAAAGCUUAAUGUGGCAAGUGCCUCUUUUGGAGGAAGCACUUUUUGGCAGCGUAGAGAGGAUAUUUUUAAACGUCUCCAGCAGAGUGCAGAAAAGUGUAAACAAAAAUUUAGUGGCAAAAAGGAAUUGGCCACGGAAAAGGAUGAUAGUGUGGCCGAGUUGUGUGAAGCAUUAGAAGACACAUUUACAUACGGUUUAAAACAAAAACAUUCAGUGGUUACGUUAACAGCGGUCAAUUUGUUUCAAAAUAUGCAUGAGAUUGUAACAGGCAAUAGCUUGGGCAUCAGUGAUAGCAAUGGUGACACUACAUUUUGGGAUUUUUGUCAAAUUCACUUGACUCCACACGAACGCGAACGUUACACACAACUCAAUCAUGUCAGGACGAAAUGUGGUCUGGGCAAGGCAUUUAUACGUGCUACAUUAAACGAAAACUCACUGCAGCGAUACUUACUCACAUGGCUGGCAGAGGAAGACCACUUGCACCGUUAUUAUACGCAAUGGUCGCUUUUGUUAGACGCCAAUGCCAGCAAAGAAUUGCCACAAAUUAUUGGUUCCCUAAAAGAUGUUCUCUUUGCUUUGACCGUUAAUUCUACUGAGUUGAAUGCACCUACGCGCAUAACACCACUUCAACCGAAUAAAGAGGAACCCGUUAUAUAUGCACCUACACCGGUUCCUGCUGCCGUCGGCAAAAAUAAGCGCAGAACACAACCAGUGGAAAGGCCUAUUUCAACUGCCAAUUCCACAGAAGAUUUAUUGAAGGUCAUUCAAGAAGUCACUAAAGUGGCAGCCGAAAAAGAGCGUGUGGAUACAUUUCAAGCUAUGGUAGAACUACCAGCGCAGGAAGAAAUUGAGACUACACCGCCAGAUCCCAUAGAACCGGAGUUAGCAUUUCUUAAAGAGCCCUUACCCGACAUUUUUCCAUCAGUGGUCGCACAAAGUGAGCAGCACUCAUUGACAACAGCUAACACCGCCAGCAUACAGCAUAAUUGCAACGAUGAUAAACAAUCCGUAAACGCAGUGAGUGCGCAAGACGAUGAAGACAGGAGUGACACAUCAUCGCAAUAUAGCAAGUCAUCGUCUGCCAAUUGCACCGUUAAUCAUGCAGCUAUGGAAGAGAAAUUACGUGAAAUGGAGGAACGCUGCACGUUAUUAGAGACGCGCGUUGCACAACUGACGCGUGAUAAUCGUCAGCUUGUAAGACGUUUGACACAAAACUUCAAUGGACUAGCCAUUGAUCCCACCGCCUCCUUGGCUACUAAUUUUCUCAUAACCAUUCCAACGGCCGAAUUGAAAAAGACAAAACAUGGCACAUCCUACUAUGCCUACGAGAUACACAUAACCAUGCGUCAAAAUUUGGAGCACUGGUCAUUAUUGCGUCGCUAUCGUGACUUCCACAAACUACAUAAAUCACUAUUAAAUACUCAUCCGACCGUGUCUUCGGUUGAAUUUCCACCGAAAAAGCAUUUUGGCAAUAUGAACUUGGCCUUUGUGGAGGAACGUCGUCAGCAAUUGCAAAUUUAUUUGUUGAAUGUGGUGGAAAUUUUACCACAAGUCGAGGCUUGCAAAUCGAAGGCGGAAUUGCAAAGAAUAUUUCCCUUUCUGCGCGAACGGUAACAGGAUUGUCUGUUGUUUCAUACGUUUUUCGUUUAAUAGUAUUACAUUGUUAUUCACUUGAAAGUGCUUGUUCGAAGAACUUCUUUAUUUUUUUUUUACCACUGUCAAUAGUUUGCUGUUAAUUUUUUCCAUUUUUUUGUUCCAUGUUCUAAACAUACAUAUGUACAUAUAUUAUAACUAUGAUAUUUAAUAAAUUUAUAGUAUUAUUAAAAAAAUCUGUAUGUUAUAUAUUUUCGAAAAAGAUUUUAGUAUGCUUUUCUAUAGCAUAUCUACGGUGAAAGUUGGGAAUAGUGAGUAAAUAUUGUUUAAACCUCUUCAUGUGCAAAAUUUCAAAUCGAUAGCUCAAAAACUAAACGACAGACAAACAUCUCAGCUCGUUAUUCUGAAUAUUUAUUUAUUGUAUACACUUUAUAGGGGGCCCGACAACUUAACUUAGUACAAAAGUCGUGGCAAACUUAAUAUACUUCAAAUUUUUUUUGUAGACUAUUGCCGAACUGACAAACUUGGGUGGUUAAAAAUCCAAAUCUCUGUCCCCCUUAAUAUUCCCAGCAUUGAAAACGAUAAAUUUGCAAUAUAUGUACAUACAUAUAUAGGUAUAUACACACAACAUUAAACACAUAAAUCUCACCACAUGCAAAAUUUCUAAAGUUGCACCAAAUAAAACAGGACGAUUUCACUUAUACUUAUACAAAAUAGGUUGUAAACCAAUUUAUUGCGAAAAUAUAAUCUACAAAUAAUUUGCAGCAACAAUUAAAAUGCAUGUAUGUGUGGUAAAAUGAAGAAAAGUAUAUAAAUAAAUAUAAGAUUUUCAAAAUAACUUGCAGUACAGCACAUACAACAGGAGUUCAAACGGUUUUUAUAUAAUGCAGCCAAUUUUUGUUGUAAAAUCAGACGCGCACAGUUAAUUAACUGAAGAAUUUAGUUAUUGGAAAAAUUAUAUACAUAUAACUAAAUUUGUGUAUAAAUUAAGUGGCGAACAAACGUAGGGGAAGUACAUGCUUACAGUUUUAUGUACAUAUUAACAUACAUAUGUGCACGUAUAUGCUUAUUUUAUGUAUAAAAACAACAAAACAAUGAUUACUUAUAAUAUAAUAAUAUUAAUAAACGUUAGAUAAACUACAUAGUUCAAUAUGCAUUUGUGUAUGUGUGUGUGUGUAUAUAUUUUGUAAGCACUAUGCUAUAACUAAUUGCUUAACGCUUCAAACGAAGAAAACUGUUUUAUAUUUUUUUGCUAGUAUAUAGUAGUGGUUGGAUAGUUGGUGGCGUGCAGUGUUAGAAAAAAUUGACAUUCAAGCAUCUUUACAUACGUACAUAAGUAUGUUUGUAUGUAUAGACGCUGCUUGCGAAUUUGUGUAUUUUCUAGCAAAACGCAAUUGUUUUUAGCUUCAAUAGGUUUCUUUCUUUUUAUUUAAUUAAAUUAUGUACUAAGGGCUAUAUAUUUUUGUAGUUGUUCAGUUAGAAUUUAACAUAUACAUUUUGCAUGUUACUUAGCGGUAUUUCAUUGUUUUGAUUUUAAUAAUUUUGCAUUGCAGCGUUUUUUGAGCGUUGGUCAGAGUGGAAGUGGGCGAA